UGACUCUGUGACCCCCAAAAAUAAUAAAAAUAAUAAGUAAAUAAAUAAGCCGGAGAAGCGACGGUUCGUCCCUUUUCAAACCCUAAAAAAGUAGGGACUUAAUUGCUUCCAUUGCCUGCUCCUGAAAGCUCUCCAACUUCAUAAGAUCUUACCCAUUCUACCCGGCUUCACUCCCUCUUCAAUUCGCUCUCUUUUAUUUCACUGGUUUUCUUUUACUUACAUUGAAGCGUCAGGACCGAAUUUAUCAGAGGAAGAGAGGAGCUUGAAAUUUUCUUUUUUGCUUUGCUUUUUCUCGCGAUCUGAAAAAUGUUCCUCGGCGACUUUGCCCGAGUCCAUGUUUGAGGAAAUUGCAGUUGGUGACAUUACACGUUUCAUGAACCAUUAACUCAUGGAUGCUGGAGGCAAUAAAUUUGGAGGAGGACCAAGGGAACUUAGUGGUGUUGUCGAUCUUAUAAGUCGAUAUAAGUUGUUGCCUCACCAUGACUUCUUCUGCAAGAGACCUCUUCCUUUGUCCAUUGCAGACACACAUUAUCUUCAUAAUGUGGCGGGAGAUACUGAAAUUAGAAAAGGAGAAGGGAUGCAAUUGGACCAGCUUAAUCAGAAUACAUCUCAUAACAGAGAUACUAAUGCCCGCAUACAACCUUUUGACUUUGAUAUUCUUAAAGAGGCUUUUCAGCUGAGAGAAACCACUCCUGUUGAAUUGCCACCGACUGAAAAAGGGAUGCCUACUAUUGCUGGGAAAUCAAAGGGUGAGGUUAAAGAUAAAGAGAGGAAGCAUAAAAAGCACAAAGAUAGAGAUAAGGAGAAGGAUAAAGAGCAUAAGAAGCACAAGCACUGUCAUAAAGAUAAAGAUCGAAGUAAAGAUAAAGACAAGGAAAAGAAGAAGGAUAGAAGUGGGCAUCAUGGUUCUGGUGCUGAUCACUUAAAAAAGCACCAUGAAAAGAAAAGGAAGCAUGAUGGGGAUGAAGUUCGUAAUGACAUUAACAGACACAAAAAAAGUAAGAAAAUGGGGGUGGGAAGGGCAUUUGGAUGGCAUGAAAGGUUUUCAUGCUAGCUCUUGUUUUUGUGCAGAGUAAGCUUGUAAAUUGACUGAAGAAUGCGUAGAAAGUGAAUUCUCUGAUUGAUGGAUAUUUCAUGCAAGGUAUAAGUUGCUAAAAUGGACCCUUUUCUUGUAUUAUAAUAGUGGGUAAUAUAAUUAAGAUAGCAUGCAAAACUUUGGAUUUUUUUAAAUAUAUAGUUCGCGAUGGGAUGACUCUUCAUUUACAACACGAUGGUUGUAGUCUUAGCGUUGUACGUAGGAAAGAAUAAUGUCUUAACAUAUUCUAACGGGUUCCUGAAAAGUUGUAAUUGUAAGGCACAUGUUAACACAUCAAUGUCAAUCCCUUUUUUUACCCUUUAA